AUGUGUUUUCGAAAAGACAGUGCUCGAUGUUUUUUUGACCUCGCGGACAGACAAACAGACAAUUUAUGUUUGCAAGACUCUUCUCUACGAGAAAGAGAAUAUCCUUUACUUCUUAUUGAUCCAUUUGAACAAUGUGAUCAAUGGAUGGAAAAAUAUUAUAAUCUUCAAAAAAUUCAUUUGGAUGAUCCAUCAAAACAUGAUGUUGUAAUGUCAAUUGAACAAUCAUUUUUGUUUGGUUCAAAGAUUUAUAUAAAAAAUUGUAAUACAUUAGACAGUCUUCUUUAUCCAUUAGCACAAUGGAAAGCAACAUCACACGAAUCAAAUUCUAAUGAUGGUAUAUCAACUUUCUUCUUCGUUUCUUAUUUAAAUCUAAAAUAUUUAUUUAAAUUCAAAUUUAAUACUUUAUUAACGUGUGAUUCACUUGAUAAAAUUUCAUCAUCAUUAGCAUUAUUAACAACAUCUAUUAAUUGUCAAUAUAGUGUUGAAACAUCAUUAGAUGAUUUACGACAACAAAUCUUACAAUGUAUUCAACCAAAUUUAUAUUAUAAAAAAUUAUCAAUAUUUCGUUUAAUACUUUUAUGUCAACUAAGAAUUCAAGCAAUUGAUUCGUUUCUUAAAUCAAAUGCAGUCAGUGAUGAAUUUGACGGUGAUCGAGUGAUUUUAACAUCUGUUGCAUUGGAAAGAAAAUAUUUAUUUGGUGGAAUAGUUGAUGAAGCCAAUGAAAUCUUCGAUACAAUUGAAUCUUAUCAUGAUUAUUAUUUUCCUUAUG